CAAACCACUGUCAUGUGAGGAGGCGCAUCUCGUGAAAAGUGCAUUCACUUCCAAAUCGACACAAACCAGCUCAGCUCAGGAGGAAAGUUUCAAUAAUUUUGUCCCGCUUUGUCCUGUCGCCGGAUCAGUAUCCGGAAAUCGAACAGCUUGAUUGGUCAAGCAGGAAUAUUAUCCUAGGAGGCAAUGACGUCACUGAAGUCGCCCACCUCGGACUGGGUGCGAGAAAGCAGCCUUCUCUGGUACCACCGGUGGAUCAUCAAGGUGCUGAAAGCGGGGCCAGUGCCACAACAUGUUGCGUUCAUUAUGGACGGGAACCGUCGGUUCGCCCGGAAGGAAAAUAUCGCCAAAGCCGAAGGCCAUUCGAAGGGGUUCGACAAACUGUCGGAAACGCUGCAGUGGUGUCAGGAUAUUGGCAUCCGGGAGGUCACGGUGUACGCUUUCAGCAUAGAGAACUUUAAGCGCACCAAAGAGGAAGUGGACACUUUGAUGGACUUGGCACGGGAAAAGUUCCGGAAGCUGCUGGAGGAACGGGACAAACUGCACGAGCGAGGGAUUUGCAUAAGGAUCAUUGGGAACAUGAAUCUGCUUCCGGUUGUCAUUCAGCAUUGCAUGGCGGAGGCGGUGCUGCUAACGCAAAAUAACAAGAACGCAUUCCUGAACGUGGCAUUUUCCUACACUUCCCGGGACGAAAUCGCACAUUCCAUACGGGUCGUAGCGGAGGGAGUCCAAAGCGGGCAGCUUCUGGCAGAAGACAUCGACGAGGAAAUCCUUACCAAGUGCAUGUACACCCGCCAGUGCACCGAUCCGGACCUCCUGGUGCGAACUUCCGGUGAAAUGCGACUGAGCGACUUUCUCCUGUGGCAGUCCAGCUCGACGGUAAUCUAUUUCACGAAAACCCUCUGGCCGGAGUUCAACGUGUGGCACCUGUUCGGAGCGGUGUUCUACUACCAGCGGUGUCAGUGGCAAAGCGGUGCCAUCCGGGAAGUGUUUCUGGAAGAGAAGAAACGAGAGCAGCUGGCAGGAGAGAAUAGUGACGACAGUGAGGCCACUGUCACCAAACGAAACGAACGGGUUGAAAUUUUUUUGCGAGAUGUCGAUCGGAGAGAUCAGGAAAGCUUGGUGAAGAUGGCCAGUGCCAUGGCGAUAGAAUAGUAGUUAAUAAAGUAAGGUAAAUCAUGUUA